GCACCCUUCAUUUAGCUUAGGUUACUUUUACAACACUUUCGAGCAUGCACAUCACAAACCAUGCGUGUUAUUACAUUCUUACCCUUCACUCAACCCUUAAUUCUCGUGUUCCUACCCCGUUCUUCUUCUUCUUCUUUUGCCUCCGCUUUCACAUUCCUCUGAACCUUUCUUGCUUCUUCAAUUCGCACUUUCCAUGGCGGUUUCAAACGGAAUAGAAGUAGAAGCCGUUCUCCACUUCCUCAGAAAGAACGGUCUCUCUCAAGCUGAAUCCGCACUCAGACAAGAUAUCAUCGACAAGAACGGAGCUAGUAGUGAUGAAAACCUUCUUCGAUCCUUCGAUUACGAGAAGUUCUUCUUUCCAAUGGUUCCUCCUCCGCCACCGCUCAAGCUCCGAUCCUUUUCUCUCCUGCCGGAGGAUCGUGCCGGUGCCGCCGCCGGAGCUUCCGGAGCCUGCUCUGUUUCCUCGGAGGAUGAUUUUGUUACUAUAGCUUCGUCUACUUCUCGUGCUCCUUCUUCAGAAUUCAUCAAUCCAUAUGGAAUUAGUUCCUUGUCUCAAACCCAAAAUGAUUCUGAAUCCUCAUCUGAUAGAAUGUCUCAAUUCGGCACAGCGCGUGACUAUCAUGAUUUCGACAUGCAAAAUGAACCAUAUUGGUAUAAUGAAAAGGACGAAGACUAUUUCAUGACUCCGAAUUUCGAAGGGCCUGAUUUCUUUGGGAACCAAAGUGAGGAUAAGUUUGUCAUGACUGCAGAAAUGGAAAACCAACAUGACAAUCCUCUUAGUCUUGCUUUCGACCACAAAAAAUCUGGGUUAGAGGGAAAUGAAUCAAAUGAUAUGUACAUGGACAAGGUAUGCCUUUAUAAUCAUUCCUCUGGAAGGGAUGGAAAUGCGACUUAUUCAAAAGGCUAUAGUCUAGUGGAUGAUAACAAGGAUUUUGAAGCUGAAUCGGAAGGUACGACCAAUAAACAAAUCGUAUCCUAUGGUUGUGAGGUUCCAUUUUGCAAAGGCUGUGAUGGUUCAGGAGAGCCUUGUAACGGGGAUCCUAUGAACUUCAGCUAUCCUAGUUUGAAGGAGAUUCAUCUGAAUGAUUUUCAUUUGAAGGUUGUUGGAGAUAUUAGCUCUUUUGGUUCAGCUCUUGAGCAUGCUGAGAAUGGAAGUUUCAACUACUACACUAAAAAGGACAAAAGUGAAGGCUAUGAGGAUCCGUUCGACAUAACUAUCAAAGUUGCUGGAACAGAUAUACCAAAAGGAGUUGACAACCAUGAAGCUCGAGAUGAUGGAGAUUUCACCGAAGAGUGCCAAGAUCCAGACAUUGCUGCAGAUGGAGAGGUUGCUACUGAUGAUGAGCUCUUAAAGUACACUCAAGAGGACGAAUAUGAAGUAUUUGACCUGAGAAUUAUACACAGAAAGAACAGGACUGGAUUUGAAGAAAAUAAGGAGCUCCCAAUUGUGCUGAAUACAAUUAUCGCCGGCAGGUACUAUAUAACGGAGUAUCUUGGUUCAGCUGCCUUCAGUAGGGUUGUCCAGGCUCAUGAUCUUCAUACGGGAAUAGAUGUUUGCUUGAAGAUUAUUAAAAAUGACAAAGACUUCUUUGAUCAAAGCUUAGAUGAAAUCAAGCUUCUGAAACUUGUCAAUAAGCAUGAUCCAGCAGAUCAACGCCACAUAUUGCGUCUUUAUGAUUAUUUCUACCAUCAGGAACAUUUGUUCAUUGUAACCGAGCUUCUCCGAGCAAACUUAUAUGAAUUUCAAAAAUUCAACCAAGAAUCUGGAGGAGAAGCAUAUUUUACAUUGAAUAGGCUACAGCUCAUUACUCAUCAGGUUUUGGAGGCGUUGCACUACUUGCAUAACUUGGGAAUCAUUCACUGUGACCUGAAGCCAGAAAAUGUUCUAAUAAAAAGUUACAAAAGAUGUGAGAUAAAGGUUAUUGAUCUUGGAAGCAGUUGCUUUCAAUCCGACAAUCUAUGCCUAUAUGUACAAUCCCGAUCCUAUAGAGCUCCUGAAGUUAUGUUAGGCCUUCAAUAUGACGAAAAAAUCGACAUAUGGUCUCUCGGAUGCAUCUUGGCUGAGCUAUGCUCUGGUGAAGUGCUCUUUCCAAACGAUGGAGUUGUGAUGAUUCUAGCGCGUAUGAUUGGAAUGCUUGGUCCUAUUGAUCUAGAGAUGUUGGUUAAAGGGCAAGAUACACACAAGUACUUCACCAAAGAAUAUGAUAUUUAUUAUGUAAAUGAGGAGACUGAUCAAUUGGAGUACAUAAUUCCAGAGGAGUCAUCAUUGGAGCAGCACCUACAAGUUUCUGAUACAAUGUUUAUAGACUUUGUAAGAUACUUGCUUAGCAUCAACCCUAAAAGAAGACCUACUGCUAGACAAGCACUAAAGCAUCCGUGGCUUUCCCAUGUUUACAAGUCCAAAUAGUACGAGUUAUUUUUAUCUUCUAAUUUUUUGUUCUCCCUGCAUAUAGGAAAGCUUGCAAUCACAUUUUUGGUUUGUUUGUAAGCAACAAGAAGAAAAUUCACUGCCUCAAGAUGUAUAUGUUUUGUUUUUGUUCCUUGUUGUAACAGUUUGUUCUUGUACAGAACUUGUGUCCAUUGUUUUUUGCCUUCCAUGGAUGGGGAGGUUUGAGAAUUUUACUAAAAUAACAUUUUUGUUUUA